AUGUCGAGAAGCCGGAGUCCAAGCCGAGGCGACAGGCGCUCCUAUCGCGAACGCAGCUACACCAGAAGUCCGAGCCGUGGUCGUCAUGUACAGAGCUCGAAGAUCGUGGUUGAGAAGCUCACCAGGAACGUCACCGAGGCGCAUCUUCGAGAGAUUUUUGGGUCCUAUGGACGCAUAGAAUCAAUCGACUUGCCUCUGAACAAACAAUUCAUGACAAACCGUGGUACCGCGUACAUCUUCUUGAUGGUGCAGCCAUUGCUGUCAGCAUUGUGCUGCCCCGACGAGCCUUCUCGAGAUCGCCUCCACCGGCUAGAGGGGGCCGCGGCCCUGCGCCAAUGCGAAACGGCCCACCAAGAGGUCCUCCUCCUGGUCGUUACAGAAGUCCUCCGCCUCGGAGAGGAGGCUAUGGCGGCAACCGACGCGAACAAGACGACUACUAUGCACCACGCUCACGGUAUUCAAGAUCGCCCAGCCCGCCUCGAAGACGAAGACAGUCGUACUCCUAUUCCCGCUCGCCCUCGAGAUCCCCAUCUAGACGACGAGGACCGCCGGCCAGAAGCUCGCCUCGACGACGGCGGCGGUCACCAAGUUAUAGCAGCUACAGCAGCCGCAGUCGUAGCCGCAGUCGAAGCCGGAGUGGGUCUCCGCCCAGGUCGCGUCAUGGUGGGAGGAGAUGACUACAGCCAUUCGAUACGGCUUAUCCGGAGAUCUUGGUGGUGA